CUCAUCCCGAGUCCGUGAACAGAUGCACUUUAAAUAAUCAGACCGCUCUGCUGCUGGCUGCUGAUCGAGGAAAUGUUUCCUGUGUCCACUUCCUCCUGAAGCACAGAGCUGACCCGAACAUCGCCAGCAAGGACCAAGAGACGCCGCUGUUCGCAGCCUGUGAACAUCCGAACAAAGCCAUUGUGGAACUGCUGCUGAGGUUUGGAGCCAAGGUGAAUCGCUGCACUCAGGGAGGAAGUGCUCUGCAUGAAGCCUGCAGACACGGACAGGUGGACAUCUGCAGGGUGUUACUAGAGGCCGGAGCCAAUAUACACAGCAAAAACAUCUACGGCAUCCAGCCGCUCUUCACCGCUGCACAGCACGGACUCUGCGAUAUCCUCCAGCUGCUGGCUGAGAAAGGUGCAGAUAUAAAUGGAGAGGCAAGGGACGGAGCCUCGCCGCUGUAUGAAGCCUGUAAGAACGGUCAUGUUGCUGCUGUGGAGGUGCUGCUCUCUCUGAAAGCUGACGCUAACCGAUCCAUGAAGUCUGGCCUGCUGCCUCUUCAUGUGGCUGUUCAGAACAAUCACACACGCAUCGUGUCGCUGCUGAUCCCAGUGACCAGCAAAGUCAGAGUCCAGCACAGCGGCAUCAGUCCUCUGCACAUCGCCGCAGAGAACAACAGGGAUGAUAUCCUGGAGCUGUUGAUUGAAUCCGGCUUCAAUGUCAACGCCAAGCUGUCGGAGGAACGAUCCAGGAUGUACGAGGACCGGCGAAGCACAGUGCUUUACUUCUCUGUCUCCAACGGGAACCUGGAGGCCAGCGAGAUGCUGCUGGAGGCUGGAGCAGACCCCAACCUGGACGUCUUCAACCCGCUGCUCAUUGGCGUCCGGCUCGGCUGGAUGGACAUGGCAACGCUGCUGCUGAAGUACGGGGCCAACGUCAACGCUCAGAUCUCCACCCAGCCGUCCUCGUUCCCGUCGGCCAUCCUGCUCAACAUGGAGUCUCUGCCCAUGCUCAAACUACUUCUGGACAACGGCUGCGAUGCCCGGGCUUGCUUUGACUGUCCAUACGGCCAAAAACCACAUCCGGCCGUCGAGCCGUUACGCCGUCCCAUCGAAGAACUGCAGGUCAACAGAGAUGCUCCGCUGCAGAGCAGCAUACAGUUCUGCGAAGCCGUCUCCAGGUCGUCUUUGUGCCGUGUAAGCGGUCCGAUCAUCUCGGUGCUGCUUGACUACGUCAGUCAUGUCCGUCUCUGCUCGCGGCUGCUGGAGGUUCUGGAGAGUCGCAGCGACUGGGCACCAAUCAUACUGAAAGCUCUUCCUCCUCAUCCUCUGAUGCAGCUCUGCAGGUUGAAGAUCAGACAUCUGGUCGGAGUCCGGAGACUCAAACUGCUCCCCUCUCUGCCACUUCCUGUCCGACUCAUCCGCUUCCUGCUCCACGACGUCCACUGCUCGCUCGCCUGAUAGCCACACGUGUCGGCAGCUCGGCGACGCAGGGAGUAACCGCUAACCGGCCUCGUUCACAAACCUUUUACGCACAAAUAAGUAUUUUCUUAUUGAAUUUGUUCGUACUCUGCCUUGGAGCAAGCGCACGCCCGGUGAUGGAGGCGGGCUGUCAAUGCACACCUUGGUACUAAAUGCAUGUUAAAGCCAUUAACUAAGGCUGUAAUAGACAGCGACAUGUCAAUGCUUUGGCCAAAUGUGUUGUAUCAGCUGAUGUCAUAAUUGAAAUAUUCAGUCCCAGGACCAUGUUGACAUGUGACACUUUUGGUUGUUUUUGCUAACUCAGCCUGAAACGUGUAGAAUAAUGAGACGCUUUUAGUUUCUUCAGGCGUGAAGUUCUUUUUGAUUCUCACCACUUCCUCCAUGAUACUCCUCUAGGCAAACAGCUUCCUCACAUGGACAGAUGGGGGCGUGGUAGAAUGCUGAUUUUAAAUUGUGGGCACCAGGGAUGUCACGAGAACCGACACUUCGGAACCAAGUCAAUAUCAAACUUCUGAAAACACGUCGGUUCUCUUUUUGCUAGGUACUGUAGAUCAGAAGAGCAGUGAGAGCUGCGUGUGGCUGAAGGUAGUUUGGUUUUUUUCAACAUAGAAAUGUCAAACCACUGCCAAGACAGACCAGCUCUCAUCUGUCCUGGACGUCUUUCUGAUGUUUUUAGUAAAGGAGUGUCGGGUGAAGUAUGUGGGAUUUUUACUGUUGUCCGUAUCGACUACUAAAUUUCUGGUGUCGUGACAUCCUACUGGGAACUUAAGGAAUGUUACUUGCACAACUUAUGUAACCUGCAUAACUUCAGUAAAAUAUUUAAUGUUGACUUUUUGUUUGACGUGGGAAACGAACACCGGUCUCCUGGUUGAAAGUCUGGUUUAUGUCUCAUCAUCCACCCCAACCACCUCCUUACUCUGACUUCCUGUUAAAUACCCUCCACCUACCUUUAGCGUGGUAAACUGACGCUACAGGGCGCCUCCCAGUGCGUCCCAAACUGAUGCCGACGGGUCUUGACCAUGGGUCCAUAUGUGACGACUUGAGAGAGGUUACUGGUCUCAUACUGGUCUUCUACCAUAUUUACAUCAUCGUAAGACCACGCCCAUCUUUUAGAAAAAGACGGAGAGACUUCGUCUCUUGUGAAAGUGGGACACACUUCAGUUAUAUGGAACCUAAAACCACGUUAUUUAUUUCAUGUUUUACUGUGUUCGUUUGUAUCUCAGCAGAAGUGAACUGUGUUGGUUUCUCUUCUCUAAAACAAUG